GUGGGGAUUCAUCACAUCACCGGUCGACCUUCGUCGAUCCUGUAAUAAAAAAACAAACACUAGUAAGGUAGCAGUUGCACGUAGUGGUUAUGGCUGCCGCUCUUCAUUUCAUUACUGUUACGUGCUUAACACUGACAUUGGUCCACGUAGGCAGUUCCUUGCGUUGCUUCUCCUGCAGUUCGGCUCGUGAAGAUUAUUGCGAUGACACAUUCUCGUUUCACGCCCAAACGACGGUACCUGUAACUAUAUGCGAAAAUUCACCGGCGCUGUCAAUACCAGGAGCCGGCCCAAACACCCAUUGCGGUAAAACGAAGAAGAAAAAUGGCGAUACGCCCAACGAUUACGUUUUUCGCGGAUGCGUACCGGAAAAUUAUUGCAGAUUAGUCAAAUCGCAAGUGGAGGAUUGCGAAAUUUGCGAAACCGACAAAUGUAAUGGAUCGUCAACCUUGUUGCCCUCCGUGUACGUUGCAAUUGUAGUUUAUUUGUUAUUUGUUUUAAAUUGUUGUAAUUAAGUAGGUUAAUUGCGCAUAAGUCUGAUUAAUUGUAAAAAACAAUAAAAGUCUUAACCACUGUA